CACACUAACACAACGACACCAACUGUACUCGCAAAUUGAUGCGAACGAGCGUGUAUCGAGGCAAAUUGCGCUCGCAGUAUCUCAGUCCGCUUUUUGCAUUUCGACCGACUGCUUGUGUUUGAAGAGUUUGCUAUACAGAGCAAGAGCAGCCCGAAGACACCUAUUUGAGGCAACAGCUGCAGCAAAGACAUUUCAUCAUAAGUAAUCACAAGCAUUUUUGGAAAGAAUAAAGUUUACACACACUAAAGCAAUGGCUGAGGGUGAUAUGCCAACAUUCAAGUGCGUCCUGGUCGGGGAUGGUGGUACCGGUAAAACGACCUUUGUCAAACGCCACAUGACCGGUGAGUUCGAGAAGAAAUACGUCGCUACCCUCGGAGUCGAAGUGCAUCCGCUUGUGUUCCACACGAAUCGAGGUGCCAUCCGAUUCAACGUUUGGGACACAGCUGGCCAGGAGAAAUUUGGCGGAUUGCGUGACGGUUACUACAUUCAGGGACAGUGUGCCAUCAUCAUGUUCGACGUGACGUCCAGAGUAACGUACAAAAACGUCCCCAACUGGCACAGAGAUUUGGUACGCGUGUGUGAGAACAUCCCGAUCGUCCUUUGCGGUAACAAGGUUGACAUCAAGGACCGAAAAGUGAAAGCCAAGGCCAUCGUGUUCCACCGAAAGAAGAAUCUGCAGUACUACGACAUCUCUGCCAAGUCAAACUACAACUUCGAGAAACCGUUCCUGUGGCUGGCCCGCAAGCUGGUCGGUGACCCGAACCUGGAGUUCGUGGCGAUGCCCGCUCUGCUCCCACCCGAGGUCAAAAUGGACAAGGACUGGCAGCAGCAAAUCGAGAAGGAUUUGCAGGAAGCGCAAGCUACCGCGCUACCGGAUGAGGAUGAGGAUUUGUAAAAGUUAUAAUAACAACGAUGGUGAAAGAGAGAAAGAGAAUAGAGAGAGAUGUCCAAUGGGCACUGCUUAGUCCCAUUAUUCACCUUCUUCCUCUGGAGCGCGCAGCCUAUUGAUCGCGAGUGCAUCAAUGUAGCAUUAUUUAACGUUUAAGAAGUAAUAAAAACAAAAACACCCGUUACUAAAUGUAAUAAUAUGAAGCAUAAUUAUUAGUUGAUGAUUGAAGGAAGUUGAGCUGAAAUUGUUUGCGAAAAUACUUGAAUGGAAUGGAACGACCGCGUGCGAUUUUCUAGAUAAAAGCAGUUAAAAUAAGGCAGAGAACGGCUCACCUCACGGCUUUCGUAUAGGGGAAACUCACAUAAAUCCAAACAACCAAUCAGUGUUUAGAGCAGGGAUGCGAUAAAAUGUAAUCGCAUAUUUCUAUUUAAUUCAGCUACAACUGUCGCGAAACCCUUUUGAGUUUCUUUUUUGUUAUUCCAAUUAUAAAUAGCGCUUUUCAAGCUCUCGUUUUUGUUCUCCAAGUAAACGCUUCUAUAGAGAUUGAGUAGAUAAAUACAAGCAAAGAACGCGAUUUUUGUAUUAGCUACUUCUAACCAAGCACGUAAGAUUGUUAAUAUAAAACGAGUUAAAAUGAAAGCAAGUAAUUUAUGUAAAUUAAUCGGUACGAAUAAAUUCUCUUCGAUAGAA